AUGGACACACCGGAAUGGUGGGACCUUCCAUAUGCUGAAUCGGCAUCUCCAAAAACCCAGUUUGUUCGCGUACAUGAAGCACCACGAACACCAGGCGACGUUCAUGGCACGGUCAUCGUGCUGCACGGGGGCUAUUGGAAAAACAAGUUCGGAUUGGACGAUGAAUAUGGCAAUGCUGGCACGAAGUCAUUGGGAUCAUUUUUCUGGUCACGGGGUUUUUCAGUUGUGGAAGUCGAGUACAGGAGACGAGACCAUGCAGGCGGAGGAUGGCCUGGAACGAACGAGGAUGUAUUGAUGGCUAUAGACUUCCUGUGUCGCUUGAGCAGCGAAGCUCAGAGAUCUUCUGACUCCGAUAAGAAAGCAGCUGCGCUGCGAUCUUUGCGCUCUGAAAGAUUGAUUCUUCUUGGACACUCUGCUGGUGGAUGCUUGGCGCUGUGGGCGGCGCAUCAGCUGGCAGCUCGUGGCCUUCAGUCCAUUGUGGUUGCCGCUGCACCUGUAGCAGAUCUGAUACGUGGAUACGAGCUCAAAGUUUCAGAUGAAGGAGAUGCCGUGGAACGCUACAUGAAGCAAGCUCCAACAGGAUCUGGCCUUGAAGAAUAUCGGAAAGCCUCGCCUUCUGCGCUUCUUCCCGUGACUUUUCCACUGUGCCUGGUGUAUGGGGACAGCGACACUGACGUGCCGCCAGACUUAGUGAGAACAUAUGCCAAAGAUGCUAAGUCUUCAGCGCCGGCAUUAGUUUCAGUGUUAGAGAUUGCAGGUGCAGAUCAUUUUCAGAUCGUGGAUGCUAGAACUGAUGUUUGGUUGGCACACAUUGUUCCAGCGUUGAGGGAGAUGAUCGGAGAGCGUCUUGGUCAGGCUGCCGCCUCGGCUUUGGAGUAA